CCAUUCAUAAUACUCCAAAGCAAGAAACAGCAGAAAAAAGAGAGGGAAAAAAAUGUCACACAUGCCUGCAUUUGGUCGAAGAAACCAUGCACACCAAGUGUUCGAUCCUUAUUCUCACCACGCACACCACCAAGUACACGACCCUUUUGCUCAUCUUAAUGAAGUGUGGGAUCCUUUCCAUGAAUUUUAUCUGGAAACCCCUCGAUCUCUUAUAGCACCAGCACCAUCUUUCCACCAUGCACCUGCAACGAUGGCUCAAAUUGAGUAUAAAGAAACACCUGAGGCUCAUAUAUUUAGAGCUAAUUUGCACGGCUACAAGAAAGAAGAAGUGACAUUACAGGUGGAGGAUGACAGAGUGCUGAAGAUUACUGGGGAAAAGAGAAUGAGGAAAGAUGAUAAUCACGAUAAUUGGAACCAUUAUGAACGCAGCAGUGGAAAAUUCUUCACUUCCUUUUCACUGCCUAUGAAUUCUAGGGCUGAUUCUGUGAAGUCAUCCAUGGAGAAUGGAAUGCUUACUAUCACUGUUCCUAAGAAGGAAAUUACCAGGAACCGCCACCAUAUCAGAACUGUUGAAAUACGUUAAUUAAAUAAAAGGUUGAAUUUGAUGGUAUGUCUUGUUUGGUACUCCAAAUAUAAUUGUGGAAUGAGAAGUAAAAUAAAGAGAGAGUAAAAUGUUUUACUGCAUAAUAUGGAGAGAAAAGAAAAGUGAGCUUGGUAUAUGCUUGUGUAAUAUUAGUAGUAACUACUUUAUAAAUAAAUGGUGUUUCUAUUUCUUUCA